UCGACCGCGAGAUGGCUCGGCUGCUGCAGGAGCUGGAGCAAGGGCCCCCGGAGCAGCAGGACGAGGGCUGGGGAGCCCUGCUCUUUGGUGCCCUGCAGCAGUGGCCAUUCUGGGCUCUUGCUGGACUCCUGCUCCUCUUGGGCCUGUGGUUUAGCUGCAGGAGGAGUCCUGAAGCCAGCAAAACCAACAGCAGCGGCAAGAACCAGACCUCCUGCAAGACCUUGGGAGAGGAGAAGGAAAAAGAAAAGGAAGAAGACAGUUUGGAUUCCGAGAGAGAUGGAGAAAACAUUGAUGUGACUGUGGAGGCAGAUGACAGUGGCAGCAGAAAUGAAGGAGAAGGCAGUCCUGUGGCUGCAAAUGAAGGAGAUGACGAUGAUGCCAAUGAACGAGAUGAAGAUGUGAAGUUGAAGAAAGACAGUGAUGUUAAAAGUGAUGAUGGCCAUGAUGCAAGGAAAGAUGAAGGCUGGAGUGAUGGGAAUAUGCCAGGAGACAAUACUGCUGAAGGAAAUGAAGAAGAACCUGGCAAUGUUACUGGAGGUGUGGAAGACCUAGAUGAAGCAAAUGAAGGAGAAAACAAGGAUGUGAAGGUGGAGCCAGACAAGGAUGCUGGAAAGGAAGAAGAAGGAGAUGGAAAUGAAGAAAAAACCGAUGAUGCGUAUAUGAAGGCAAGCAACGAUGACGUACGUGAAGGUGAAGAUGGAAAGGAAGAAAAAGUGGAUGUGAAAGUGCAGGAAAGCAGUGAUGCCAGUGAACAAAGAAGCAGUGAUUGGACAGGACAGGAAGACAGCCGUGAUGGUGGGAAUGCAGUAGACCAUUGUGGUUUUGCUGCAACUGAGGAAGAAAAGAAGGACAUUGGAAAUGAAGAAAGCAAUCUUGGAGACAAAGAUGAGAAAGCCAGUGCUGCCGAUAUGAAGGGAGAAAAGAAUGAAAAUGGAAAUGGAGAGGAACAUGGCAAUGUUGCUUCAACUGAAGAAGGUGUUGAUAAGAUAAAUGAAGGAGAAAGCAGCAAUAUGAAGGUGAAGGAAUACAGUCAUUCCAGUGAACACAGAGCUGAUUGGAAUGGGAAGGAUCAGGAAAACAGGGAUGCAAAUGUGAAAGGCGAGAAGAAUGAAGAUGGAAAAGAAGAAGAAGGUGGAAAUGUGGCUGCCAGUGAAAAAGAAGGCAGUGGUGCUGGCAAGGACAAAGGCAGCAGUGGUGGAAUUGAAGAGGAAGAAGACUCCUGUGACUUUGGGAAUAAGCGAGGGAUCCUUUUAGUGGAUCGCAUACAGUGUCCUGUCGAGGACGUGGAGAGAGGUCGCUCAGUGGCAGCUGAGCUGAUGGAGAGCUUCACACGUGUCUUUAUUGACAGCGUGAGCAAUAGUUUCUACCCAGUGCCUCAAGAAGCCAUCGGGGUGGGCAGUGCCUUUGAGGGUUGGAGUCCCCGUGAGCAGGAUGUGGUGUACUGCCUGCUGGUCCCACUGAAUCCCCCGCCGGGACACGCCUUCCACCUGGAGCUGAACAGUGCAGGGCAGAUGGCAGCAAGGACCUUCUGCGUCCGUGUGGAGCUGGUGUGCACGUGCGAGAGGGAGCAGCUGGGCAAGAAGCUGUUGUGCUUCCUGCACCACUCGCAGGAGGAGCUGAGGCGGAAGCAGAAGCCCAGCCUCCUAGAGACACUCUGCACCGGCUCCUACCUGGACGUGGAGAAAACCUCCCACUGGUUCUACCAGCUGGUGAGAUGCUCGUGGCUGCAUUUGCCUCAGUCGUACUCAUGGCACUUGGUGUUUCAGCCCUGCAGCCGGUCCUGCCAAUUCCGGCUGAGCAAAGGCAAGAAGAGCCUGAUGGUGGAGAUGCUGUUUGGGGUGCGCCACGGGGACUCUGACAUCUUUGUGGUCAGCCAGCCCACAGAGGCCCAGAAAGGCGGCUCCAGCAUCUUUGUGAGCAGCCAGCCCACCGAGGCCGACUCCAUCGCAAGCACAGCGUGGCCUGAGACGUACGCUGUGGCAGAGGCAAAAUUCUUCCAGCACGUCGCCAGGCAGGUGCCGUGUGAGAGCUUGCACCUGAAAUGCCUGCAGCUCUUCACCUGCAUCCUGAGGGGCACAGGUUUUUCCAGCUCGACCUGGAAGACUGUGGUCAUGCACGUGCUGACCACCGUACCGCUGUGCCAGUGGCGCAGGAGGGAAUUUGCGCGGCGGCUGUGGGACAUCAUGGCAUACCUGCGCCGCUGCCUGCAGUUGAAACACCUGGAGCACUUUGUCCUGGGCAACCAGAGGCUUCCUGCGGAGAUCAGCUUGCCACCGGCAAUGCGAACGGUCGAGCCGCUCAACCUCUUUGAGCACCUAGCCCGAGAUCCGGCCGCCCACGCAGAGGCGAUGCGAGCUUACGGUCAGCUGCAAUUCCGCCUCUGGAUGCUGCUCUCCAACCACUGAGAGGAAUUCCCUGCACAGAGCUGUGCUGGGGGGGGGCCUCACACCCGAUGGCAGCCACGUGAGCACUGCAUAAUUCUUGCUUUUUUCACUGGCAAUCCUGAAGCUGCUUUCCUGCUCCCAUGGAUGGAAGAUGCUGCGGCACACGGAUUCACUGUGCAGACACACAUCUCUGCGUGGCCUUGCCCUUCACCUUUCAGUCAUGAUGGUGCUGUUGCAAUGUUCCUACGUCUACGAGGCAGAAACUGGCUCUACCUGCACAUCCUUACAGAAGACUAUGAGCUGAGGAGAGGUUGCUUGGCAUACCUCCAAGUCCAAAAAACGAGCCUGUUAGGGACUUAAUGUAAUUCUUCAGUAAGCUGUACUUACUGUAGUUUUUUAAGGAUGUAGUUUUUCUUAGUAUAUGAAAGUACAACAGAUAGUUUUAAUUCACUCUACCAUGGAAGAAUAGGUAGUCCCAGUUUUCAUAAUGGGAACUGGAUAUAUUAUCCACCCUUCAAGAGGCCCUUUAGUAUUGUCAGUGUAUAAACUAUUUUGCAAAGUUACCCUUAGUUUAGGCAAUUAACCUACACUGCUGUAGUUGCUUGGCUGCUUUUCAGUAAUAUCCAGAUAUCUAUGUUAGGAAAAACAAUAAAAGGAGAGAAGUUUCUCAAAUUGCCUGAAAAGUGUCCUUCUUUAUAUUUAAUCCAAUGGUUCUUAGAGAACGUACAUCCAUUGCA